AUGUCUACAGAUGAAGUAGAGGAACUAGAGGGACAAAAAGAUCAGGAAGUGAAAGAUAAGGGAGAAGAUAAAGAUAAAGUUUAUGUUCCACCCUCUCCUUAUAAACCACCAAUUCCAUAUCCGCAAAGACUUAAACAGACCAAAAUUGAUAACCAAUUUAAAAAGUUUAUAAAGGUGGUCGAGAAACUCCACGUAGAAAUCCCAUUCACUAAAGCCAUCACCCAGAUACCAUCUUAUGCUAAAUUCCUUAAAGACAUCUUGACCAACAAACGUAGGCUUGAUGAUCCCAAACCUUUAGAGUGCAACUUCAUUGUUGAGAAUAAACAUGCUAAGAAGGAGAAAGAUCCCGGAAGCUUUUCCAUACCUUGUAUUUUAAGGAAUCAUGUUAUAGAAAAAGCAUUCCUAGACUUGGGAGCAAGCGUAAGCUUAAUGCCUUUAGCAGUUUUUAAAAGGUUAAACCUAGGAGAAUUGCAACCGACUAAGAUGUCCCUUCAAUUAGCCGAUAGAUUUGUAAAAUAUCCAAUAGGUAUAUUAGAAGACAUUCUAGUUAGAAUCGGCCAACUUUAUAUCCCAACAGAUUUCGUGGUAAUGGACAUUAAAGAAGACGGUGAAAUCCUAAUCCUCCUUGGUAGACCUUUCUUAUCAACAGCGGGAGCCGUAAUAAAUGUGAAAAGAGGACAAUUAACUUUUGAAGUAGGUGAUGAAAAGAUAGAAUUUAUAAUUUCCAAAUUCCUAACGGCACCAGUCAUAGAAGAUUCAUGUUAUGCCAUCAAUAUCAUUGAUGAAGGCAUAAGGGAGCUAGAUCAAGAAGGACCUCCCGAGACAAUGAAAUUUCCCUCGACUCCCAAAAGAGAAGACGACGGAUUUAGAAUGGAGCCUUACAUGGAUGACAACCUUUAUGAAUGCUCAACACUUACCCCGAACCAUAUACCAUGUCCUAAGAAACCAUCUAUAGAACUUAAGGAACUACCCAAGAAUCUAAGCUAUGAGUUUUUAGAUGAAGAACUAAAUCUCCCCGUUAUAGUGAGCGCCACCUUGAAUGAAGAUGAAACGAAUCAACUUUUAGAUAUCUUGCGAAAGUAUCCCUCAGCUUUAGGAUAUAACAUAUCUGAUCUCAAAGGGAUAAGCCCAUCUGUGUGCAUGCACCGGAUCUUACUGAAGGAAGAAUCUAAACCUUCCAGAGAACAUCAACAAAGGCUAAACCCUAUAAUGAGCGAUAUGAUUAAGAAAGAAGUACUAAAACUACUAGAGACUGGUAUAAUUUAUAAAAUUUCAGAUAGUAAGUGGGUAAGCCUUGUAUAUGUAGUACCUAAAAAAUGA